ACGCCCCCAAAGUACUUUAGUUGUUUAGGUAUAUUUAUUUCAUGACUUAAGUUUUACUUUUCCUAGAUGUUUGUACCAUUGCAAUUUUUUUUUGGUCAUACCGACAACAACGUGAAAUAGGAUUCUUGUUUGACCUCAUUCAUCAAUCACGGGAAUACGCCCCCCUGACGGAUCACAGUGUGGUUAAGUGUGGGCCCGAGCGGCAGAAGCGGACUUCGUUUUGUGCUUGCUUUUCUGUUGGACUGUUUGAAACAAAGGAAAUGAUUCUGAGAAUAAAGCUGUGUGGAGAUGUGAUCUAACAGUGUGAUUGAACCCAACCAGUCAGAAUUUAUAUAAUAGUAGGCUAUUGCACCGUAAUUGAUAAACGGUUGGUGUCAAUCAGGAAGCGGUGAAGAAGUGUAGGUCAAGUACUAUCGUCGGGCACUGGUCCCUGUUAUGACGACAGAGCUAUCACCUUUUCUGACAGUGCACGCAUAAAUAGCGUCCGAACAGUACGCCAAGAGAUUUCCCCCCUACAUCCACUGAUUUCUCCGCCUGUUGAAUAUUGUAUAAUGGAAUGUUAUCCCUGACGGCACCUGCUGGCUGCCGUAGCCGUCUGGAUAAGCUUCACCGUCACCAACUAGCAUGGCGGACGUGAACGAGUUGAUCGUGUCCUUGGGCGACGCCACCACGGACAGCAGCUCCGCCGACCCUCCUACAACAAACGAGGAACCUUCUUCGGACAAUGAAAAAGAACAUUCUGUCGUAAGAACGGGAGACAAUGGAGAAAACAAUGAUGAAGGUGGUGCUACAAACUUUUUAUCUCCUCCAAACGGAGAAGCCAAAACAGCUCCAUUGCGCAAGAAAAAAACUGUGUCUUUCAACGAUGCGGAACGCUCGAGCUCGAGAGAUUCUAAGAGCAAAGAUCCUCCUCUGGACGAAGAGAUCCUACAUAUUCUACAACGAGCCAUUCUUACGCUGGAUACUGUAUGUUUUCAUUGCUCUAGACCUCACCCUGGCUAUAUUUGAAGAGCCUGCGGUGCCAAAUGCGUCUAUUCCGUAUUGGGGAACCAUGGUAAUGGAGUUUGCGUGCAUGUGCUACUUCUCCUUUCGGAUUCUUCAUGCCAUGUUCUUUCAAUACUCAAGAGUUUUCUUCAAGGAUGCCAAGAACAUAAUUGUGAUGGUCUCAAUUGUGCUGACUCUCAUAGAUAUGAUCUGCUACAUCAUAUGGCAGAAUAUGUCGCCAGAUACUCAUCCAGUGAGAUGGUCGAGACCACUGCGUCCUCUUUUCAUUGUCAAUUUCCCAGAUGGAAAGCAGAUUCGCAGAGCAUUCCGCAACAUUCGACGCACUGUUCCUGAUAUCAUGAAUGUCCUGUUUUUGUUCCUGAUGAGUGUACUUCUGUUUGGAUUGCUGGCCCUGAAGUUGUUUGCAAAAAGAGGCCUGAAGUACCCAACGGGAAUUCCUUAUUUUAGCAACUACUUUGAUAGCAUCUGGGACUUGUACGUCUUAGUGACCACUGCCAACAACCCAGAUGUCAUGAUGCCAGCCUAUGACUACAGCAAAUGGUUCUUCAUCUUCUUUUUGAUAUAUUUGAUCUUAUGCUUGUACAUUUUCAUGAGUAUUGUCCUUGCCACAAUCUACAAUAAUUACAAGAAAAAUCUCAAGAAUGAAAUCAGAGCAGCUGUAUUCACAAAGCGAAAGCAACUUGCAAAGGCUUUUGACAUCUUGAAAGUAUCAAGACAUGAUGAACAUGUGAUCACACAUUCCCGAUGGAAGCAACUCAUGGGUCUAUUACUGCCUAAUAAAUCUGCCGCUCACACUGAUCUUCUGAUGAAAAUUUUGGACACAGGAAACAAAAACGUUCUUGACAAGAAAGACUUUCUUCAUUUGUCAGACCUGCUACAUCUGCCUUUGUCCGAGGUGAAGGACAGACAGACUUUGUUUGAGAAGUAUUUCCCCGAUGUGUAUAACCAUCGCUACAGUGAGCUUUUCAAGCGAUUCGUCAGACACAAAGCAUUCCGAUACUUGUUUGACUUCCUGAUUGUCAUUAACGCGGUUUUUAUUGCCAUUGAUUUGGAUGUUGCCGACUGGUUUUUCCUCUCAAUUUUUACUGUGGAGAUCCUCUGCAAGCUGUAUGUGUUUGGCGCUAAAGAAUUCUUCUUACGAUUUUGGAACAUAUUUGACUUCCUCGUCAUUGGAUCUGCUCUUAUGGCAUCUAUCAUUGAAAAAGCCACAGAAAAAGCAAAUGAAGAGAUCAGCACUCUGGAUGUCCUGCUUGUGCUCAGGGUGAUGAGACUUGUCAAAAUCUUUGGUAGCAUUAAAAGAUUCAAAGUCAUCCUACAGACUCUGGUCAACAUUGGACCAUCCAUUGUCACUUACGGAGGAGUCAUUUUUGUCUUCUACUACUUCUUUGCUAUCAUCGGCAUGGAACUCUUCAGUGGCUACAUUCACUACUAUGGAUAUGAUGAGCAAUACAUUGGGAGUCAUGGAACAAACAAGAUGCUGUUCUGUGGCAAUGUCAAACUGAACAAUUCACUGUUCUACAAGGCUCACUACUGCAACAACAACUUCAAUGACAUCGUUCAGUCAAUGGUUGUCAUGUUUGAGUUGUCCGUUGUCAAUCAGUGGCAUGUCAUUACUUCAGGAUUCGUCCUUGUCACGAGUAAAGUGGCCAGACUUUACUUCUUCGCAUUUCAUUUAUGCUGCGUCGUUGUAGUUUUAAACAUCUUCAUAGCUUUCAUUCUGGAAGCAUUCAUUUUGGAGUACACUUUGCAAACUGUGCCAAAACUGGAGUCAUUGGUGGAAGCCAAAAUCAAGGAGCUGGGUCUUGGCAUUGGAAUGAAACCUCGUUCGGCAUCCAUUCAAGGGCCAUCAGGUGAUAAGAUAGAGCUGGUAGAUGAGGAGGUUUUGCCCGAGACUGAUGUGGAAGGGGGCGGAGAAGGUGACGGAGAGGACCAGGGAGACGACAGUGACACAGACAGCAUUCCUGAUCUAUCCAAAGAGAAAGGCUUGAAGUUUCACCUGAAGAAAAAAAGUCGCAAAAAGGUUGAAGUGCUACUACAGCACAUGUUCCAGGGUGAGAUUGAUGAUGACGAUGAGGGGCCCUCAGAUUUGGAGAACAUUGACAGCUACAGAAAAAACAGAAAACUGACUCUAGAAGAAGUUACGUGAUUGAACGUAUCAUUGUUUUUUUUCCUAAGAUUAUAACAUACACAAAAAAGCCUUGUAAAUAAGCAGAUUUUUUUGCCCUUGAUGGACAUUCAAGUCUCUCCCCAUGUUGUGAAAAAAGCUUUCUUAACCCCUUCUCCCCACCCCUUCCUUCCAAUCUAAGAUAGGAAGGAAAAAAAUUCCCAAAAUACUCAUUACAUUGUUUAAAAUAUUCACAAACUCCUUUCCUGCUUGUCAAACCAGCACUUAAAUCCACUUCUUAAUAGCAUUGCCAUUGGCUGCAUGCAUUCAUCCCUUAAUUGCUGAUGUUCUUCACAUUUACACUCAAACAUUUUGUUUCUGACAGCUGUUUCUUUUGCUUCAGUGCAAAAGAACAAUGGUAAGGAUAAUAAUACUUACAGCAAUAAUGAUAAUAUCGGCCCUUUUCAAAUUUCACCUUACAGUUGUAUAAAACCAAGAAAUCCCUCAUCUAGACAUACAUGCACACAUCCAAAUGGACACAUAUAUACAAAGCAUAAACAAUUCAUGCUAAAAGAGCAAACAUGUACAUUUUCAAAGCUACAUGCACCACCAUUUGCACUUGCACUUUUUGUCUGAUGUUCUCACACACACAUACACAUGUGUAUAUGGUCACAUUCAAAAUUCAACAUGGGUAGUGAAUAUGUUCCAUCUAAUGGUCACAGAAGUAUUAUUUUCAAAACUUUUGCAAGAGUUUUCAUUUAAAAAUCUGUUGGUUGUCAGUGGACCUAAGUUUCCAUGGACCUUGAAAAUAUCCGUGUUUGCUUUCCAAAGUUUAAAGGGGACAAAAUACACAUGACCCAGUGGUUGGCUGAAGUUCAGCAAAAAUCCUGUUACUAAAGUACACUUUAAGCAGAAGAGUUGCCAAAUGUAAUUGAAUUAUCAGUGUAAACUGACAAAACCUUGGGUCAAAAGCAGAUGCCCCGUAAGCUUCUGGAUCACUAUCAGCAACAACAACAAUAAUGAUUAUAGUUUUUGUUUUAAUAAUGAUAAUGCCCAAGGACACAAAAUGUUGCCCUGACCAGGAUUUUGACCCACAACCUUAAGAGCCUAUUACAUGUACAGGCCAACCGGACAGGUUUUUGACCGUAGGCAGGCCGUACGGCCAGACGAAAUCGAGGAAACUUGGUUUUUUGUUACACACCACAAUCGACCUGAAGGCGGCCGCACCUUGCGAGCAACGUAUUCUACACACUAGGCCUAGUCUGGGUGAAACUUCACACACGUGUGUGCCCCAUGACGCACAAAACAUAAAAAUGUGCUGGAAUGGAAAAUCCUUAAAUACAAAAUGAAACGAGUCACUCUGCAGCCAUUACCCUAAUUUUGAUACCCUGAUUCUGAAUCAGGUAUUAUUUUUUAUCUACGACAUGAUUUUACUUCAGUUGUCCCCAGCGCAGCAAACUUCGAAGGCUGGAUGGCCGGACGUCAAAUUCACAGGCAGCGGCUGUGGGGGUUUUUCAUCCGGCCGGCCGGCCAUUCGCCGGAUGUUCACCUACGGUUUGAGCUGCAUUUCUUAUUACAUGUUACGAUUGGCCGUAUGGCCCAGAAACCUGUCCGGUCGGCCUGUACGUGUAAUAGGCCCUUUACAGUUGCGAGUUCAGUGCCUAAUCACUAGCCUACUGAUGCCAUAACCCUAAUUCCUAAUUUUUACAUGAAUAACAUUUAGAGUUUUGGCACAUUUACAUAAUUGAGCUCAUUUUUUUAAUGAACUAGAACAAUACUCAAGGAAAGAGUUUCCCCUCACUUUAAAGACACUGUUCCAUAACAACAGACAAUUGUGUUUUUGUUGUUUUGGUCUUCAAUUUUUUGUCUGAAACGAUGGUGUAUCUGGCUAAUUCAGCUACUGUGGACCAGAAAACAUCAGUUGCAGUGAGUGCACAGAAAUGAUUGGUGCUCAUAGCUCUGUUGUGGUAGGUUGUGUCUCUUCCAUUGCCAAUAUAUGUACCGAAUUCUUGCCACUGUUUGAUAAUGUUUGAGUGAGUCUCACAAAUCCAGUUCAUGUGGAGUAUCAUCUUAUAGGUAUAUUAUCAGCAUCAUGCCACAAUGACGUAAAUCAAUUUUUUCGGGUUUCCAGAUCAACCCAUUAUUCAAAUAAUGACAACAAGGAGCAUCUUAAAAUGUAGUUUUAUUCUGUAUCAUUAUUUCCCUCCUACUCUUAAUUGAAAAAAUAAUUUGCCCAAGUAAUGGAACUGAUUUGGCAUUCUCUUUGAUUUUCUCAAAACGUAAAAAAAAUGACUUGGCGCUUUUGGAUUGAUGUUGACAAUUUGUGAGUAUGCAUCCAUAUGUGUUUGAAUUAUUAUUUUCUAGUAUAAUGUAGUUCCUUCUGUCAAAUGGAUUAUAUCUUGGUAAGGUAGAACAAGUGUUCAUAAUGCAAUGUAACGGUUGACCUACCUUUUGAACAGAUAGGUGCGUUAUUAUUUCAUUAAAAUAAAUAUACUGAAAAACUUAAAUGCUCUCAAGCUUGAACAGAUUAAAAUGCUAGUGUGAAGUGUUGAAGGUUUCGUAAAGCAGCUGAGGACCUCACCCAACAUGUGUCAUCAGUUUAAUCAAAGUGUUUUCAAAGAUAAAAUUUUAAGCCGAAAUUUGCAUUUAAAAUACAGUCAAACCUGUGUAAGACGGCCACCCAUUGUCAUGGAGGAAAAUGGCCGUAUAA